AUGACGGUAAUCACGGUAAUCAACUUUGCGUCAAUCAAUGCGGAGGUGUAUAGAAUUCCGUUAUACAAGACAUACACAUCCGUUGAAACAUCUUUGACGGAGACUAUUAGACACCUCAGACACCGACGUUCGGGGUCGGGCCGGACGGAUAUAACUCUGAUUUACAAAGAUCUACAGUACUACGGUACUAUCGAAAUUGGAACUCCACCGCAGGAGUUUAAAAUACUUUUCGACACUAGUUCCUCAGAUCUCUGGGUGCCAUCCAAAGACUGCGACGUUAGCCAACCUGCUUGCUACGGAGUUACAUUUGAUAGACCUUACCACGAUGGCAGAGUGUACGGAAACUUAUCUAUUGAUAACGUAAGGAUUGGUGGCCUUAAUGUUACAUCACAGAUGUUCGGAGAGGUAUUCAAAUUUACGACAAGUUUUUGGGACAAUGUACAAUGCGACGGCGUUCUGGGGAUGAGUUAUGGAGAGGAUUCUGUCUUCCAAAACAUGAUUGAUCAACACGUGGUGUCCCAACCAAUUUUUAGCGUUUAUCUAAAUCGAAAUUACGAGGACUCACAUUUCGGCGGUAAACUGCUAUUGGGUGCAACCAAUCCUUCCCAUUAUGUGAACGAGUUUAAGUAUGUGAAUGUUAAUACUCAAAAAAGAUACUGGCAAUUUGAAAUAAAUAGGAUUGAAGUAAAAAAUUUCGGCUUAUGCGCGGAAGGCUGUCAAGCUAUCGUCAACAUGGGCUUUUCUAAGAUAGGAGGACCACCGCGGGAUAUCGCAACUAUUCAGGAACAGAUUGGUGUUGUCGAUCGGGUGGACUGCAACGAGAUUUCUAAUUUGCCCCCUAUCAAUUUCGUCAUAGGUGGUAAGAAGUUUCGACUCACUGGUAAAGAUUAUAUCGUGAAGGUCACAGAAGGCCUUUGCAUUCUCGCCUUCGAAGAUAAUCCGUUUAAUAUUAAUGGUAUAAAAUGGAUUUUGGGCGAUGUAUUUAUUCGUCGCUACUACACCGUGUUUGACAUGGGAAACAACCGACUGGGAUUCGCCCUUGCAAGACAUUAA